AUGGUUGCCGACCCUACUCAUACUAAACUCGCGGUUCUUAUCGACGCGGACAAUGCGCGGUUCUCCAUCAUCAAGCUCCUACUUGCAGAAGUCGCAAAAUAUGGCACGGCUCAUGCAAAACGAGCCUAUGGAGACUGGAGCAGUCAUAGUCUCACAGGCUGGAAGGAAAAGCUUCUCGAACAUUCAAUCCUGCCUAUACAGCAGUUUUCGUAUACCCAUGGCAAAAAUUCCACUGACUCAGCUAUGAUAAUUGACGCAAUGGAUCUGCUAUACUCGGGCCGCUACGAUGGGUUUUGUCUCGUCUCCAGCGACAGUGACUUUACCCGACUCGCCGCCCGGAUCCGCGAGGCAGGGCUCGUGGUGUAUGGUUUUGGGGAAGCCCACACGCCACAGCCCUUCGUUGCGGCCUGCGAUAAAUUCAUCUACACCGGGAAUCUCGUGCAUCUCGAUGAGCUUGCGCCGCAUGCCGAUCGCAUUGUUUCGCCUGGGAAGUCGGAUCGGGCUAACCAAGCUCCACUCAAUCCAGAGCUAGCCAGUCAUUUACGGGCAGCGGUAGAAGCAGCCUGCAAUGACGAAGGAUGGGCUAGACUCUCGGAUGUCGGUCAGCUCCUGACCACAAGACACUCGGACUUUGACUCUCGUAGCUACGGGUAUCACAAGCUGAGUGAUCUGAUCACUGCCUCUUCCUUAUUCGAAAUUAGCCGCCGCUCCUCACACAAGAGCUCAUUUACGGAGAUUUUCAAUUUCUCCGAGAGGGGUCUCGGCAAAGAAUGCAUAGGGGCCGAAUGCAGCUUCACGGCCUCUGUCAGAUCAAUUCUGGAUCCGCAGGCAGCCGCUGCUUUGACGCCCACCGCGCUAGGGGAGACCACGUCCCCGGAUAUCUACGACUUGGCGCAGGAUAUCCAGGACAACUGGAAUUAUGAUUAUAAGAAGCUGAUUGGCGGGAACAACAUUGCUGAGAACAACAAACCCUGGUUAAUCAUGGUUACGGCCAUCGUGGACAAGGUCCAAGCCGCGCGUGCGGUGGUGCCAUCGGCGGAUCUGGUCAAGAAAUGCACCACGGCGCUGCGGUGGGCGCAGGCUGCGCGCCUGACGGACCUGGUUGGGGACGUGACGGCAGACACCUUGACGGGCGAGCGCACCAAGACUUUCAUAGACAAUUUCGAAAAUAUUGAGCCGAAAAGCGUCACGCGAGCGCUGGGGAUUGACGAAACUGGCAGCGAGACCCGCGCGAUCGAAUUCGAGGAUUUGGAUUAUGAAGGCAUGUCAGGGGGUGACGCAGACCAAUUAGCGGAAUUCAUGGCGUGGACCGAGACGACUCCGUCCAAGAAAACCUGGCCCAGCCACAGGAGACAUCGAGAGUGGGCGCUGCUCUAUGGAGAAAAGGCGACAAUAAUGGAGACAGCGUGUUCAAAUUGA